CAAUCUCCGACUAGCUUAUUAAUCUGUGUCUGUGUCAAACAACUACCUAACCUAUAAAAAUACUGUUUCUGUAAUUCUGUUUAUUUAAAUCGCUAUUAUAUAGUAACUUACUAUUUUAACAAUCUUCUACGUUACCGAUAACAUUAAAGUUUAACUUGUGCCCUUUCGAUCUACUCUGCAGUACAUAAUGCCACUGUUGGACGGUAAAGAAAUCGACAUAUUUUUUAGUGAAGAGGAUUUGCCUUAUGAAGAGGAAAUUCUAAGAAAUCCGUUUUCGGUAAAACAUUGGCUAAGAUACAUUGAACAUAAGAAAGCUGCUCCUAAACAUGAAAUUAACAUGAUCUAUGAGAGAGCCUUAAAGGAGUUGCCAGGAUCAUUUAAGCUUUGGUAUAACUAUCUAAAGUUACGAAGAAGUCAGAUACGAGGGAAAUGUAUUACUGAUCCUUGUUUUGAAGAUGUGAACAAUUGUUUUGAAAGAUCUUUGGUAUUUAUGCAUAAAAUGCCUAGAAUUUGGAUGGACUACUGCACUUUUCUCACUGAUCAAUGUAAAAUCACGAUUACAAGAAAAGCUUUUGAUAGUGCUUUAAGAGCUUUACCUAUAACACAACAUCAUAGAAUAUGGCCUCUUUAUUUAAGCUUCUUGAAAAAACAUGAUAUAUCUGAAACAGCUGUAAGGGUAUUUAGAAGGUACCUUAAACUAUGCCCAGAAGAUACAGAAGAAUACAUUGAUUAUUUAAUUUCUAUAAACAAAUUGGAUGAAGCUGCAGUAAAAUUGGCUCAAAUAGUAAAUAAUGAGAACUUUCAGUCAAAACAUGGUAAAUCAAACCAUCAACUAUGGAAUGAACUUUGUGAGUUAAUUUCUAAGAACCCUGAUCAAAUCCAUACUUUGAAUGUGGAUGCUAUUAUUAGAGGUGGACUAAGACGCUAUACCGAUCAACUAGGUCAUUUAUGGAAUUCAUUGGCUGAUUAUUAUGUAAGGAGUGGUUUAUUCGAAAGAGCUAGAGAUAUUUAUGAAGAAGCUAUCCAAACUGUAACUACUGUACGGGACUUUACACAAGUAUUUGAUGCAUAUGCUCAAUUUGAAGAACUUAGUUUAAGCAAGAAAAUGGAAGAAGUUGCCAAAAAGCCUAGCCCCACUGAAGAUGAUGACAUUGACCUAGAACUGAGACUUGCUAGAUUUGAGUAUCUUAUGGAAAGAAGACUUCUGUUACUAAACUCUGUACUUCUAAGACAAAACCCACACAAUGUGGCUGAAUGGCAUAAAAGAGUCAAACUUUAUGAAGACAAACCUCAUGAAAUUAUUGAUACAUAUACUGAGGCUGUGCAAACAGUAGAUCCCAAACUUGCUGUGGGCAAAUUAUAUACUUUAUGGGUUGGUUUUGCAAAAUUUUAUGAAAAAAAUGAACAAAUAGAAGAUGCAAGACUUAUUUUUGAAAAAGCAACACAGGUUAACUAUGCCAAAGUUGAUGAUUUAGCAUCAGUUUGGUGUGAAUGGGCAGAAAUGGAAAUAAGACAUGAAAACUAUGAAGAGGCGCUCAAACUCAUGCAGAAGGCUACAGUUUUACCUAGCAGAAAAGUGGCAUAUCAUGAUGAUACUGAAACAGUACAGAUGAGGUUAUAUAAAUCUUUGAAGGUAUGGUCUAUGUAUGCUGAUCUAGAAGAAAGUUUUGGGACAUAUAAAUCAUGUAAGGCAGUAUAUGACCAUAUAAUAGAUUUAAAAAUUGCAACACCACAAAUUAUAAUAAACUAUGGUCUCUUCCUAGAGGAACACAAUUACUUUGAAGAAGCUUUCAGAGCCUAUGAAAAGGGCAUAGCAUUAUUUAAAUGGCCGAAUGUUUAUGACAUUUGGAAUACUUACCUAACAAAAUUUCUUAAAAGAUAUGGAGGUACAAAACUUGAAAGAGCGAGAGAUUUAUUUGAGCAAUGUCUGGAACAUUGUCCUCCACAAUUUGCGAAAUCUAUAUUUUUACUAUAUGCUAAAUUAGAAGAAGAACAUGGUCUUGCAAGACAUGCUAUGGCAGUUUAUGAACGAGCGACAACUGCUGUACUACCAGAAGAAAUGUUCGAAAUGUUUAAUAUUUACAUAAAGAAGGCUGCUGAAAUUUAUGGUGUACCUAAAACACGCCAAAUAUAUGAAAAAGCAAUUGAAACACUUCCUGAUGAAAAAGCGAGGGAGAUGUGUGUUCGCUUUUCUGAAAUGGAAACACGUCUUGGGGAAAUUGAUAGAGCACGAGCAAUAUAUGCUCAUUGUAGUCAGAUGUGUGAUCCCAGAAUUACAGCGGAGUUUUGGAAUACAUGGAAAGAAUUUGAAGUAAGACAUGGAAAUGAAGAUACUAUGAGAGAAAUGCUGAGAAUAAAGCGCAGUGUUCAGGCUACAUAUAACACACAGGUCAACAUGAUGUCUGCUCAAAUGUUAAGUUCAGCAGCACAAGCAGCUGGUACAGUUUCUGACUUAGCCCCAGGUAUGAAGGAUGGUAUGAGAAUGUUAGAAGCUAAAGCUGCUGAAAUGGCAGUUCAAAGUAAAGGUAAUAUUGCAUUUGUGCGUGGUGAAACACAAGGUCUUAAAGAAAGUGGUGAUAAAGUGGUCAAUCCUGAUGAAAUCGAUAUUGAUGAAGAUUCUGAAAACAGCGAAGAUGAAGGCGAACUUGCUCCUGUUCAGAAAAAAGAAAUUCCAGCAGCUGUUUUUGGAGGUCUAAUGAAAGACAACUGAACUAAAUGAAUUUGACUUUUUUAUGUAAUAGAUUCGUUUUUAAUUAAAUAAAUAAUAUUUAGUAAUAAA